CUUGGAUGACAAAGCAGCUGCAGAAGUCACGCAGAGAGAUAAACAAUAAGAAAAGGGCUUUUAAAAAAGGGGCUUCCAGCUGUUUUACAACAAUUUAAAAAAAGGAAAACUUCUGGUCGUCCAUGAGACAGUGACAUUGCAAAAGCACAGCUGACAGCCUCUGGACCUUCUCCUGCCUCUCCCCGCACUGCCUCCUCCUCCUCUUCGUCAGGACCAUGGAGGAUGUCUCUCCAGACACAGACACACCACUGGCUCAACCGCUUCUCUUGGAGCGGCGUGUUCGCCAGCCACAGCCAGCUGUCUCAGUUAUUAAAUCAAAGCUGAAAAAGGGUUUGACCUGCUCCGGACCAAAGGUCCGAUCCACUCUGACAGGGUUCUUCCCUGUGGUGCGCUGGCUGCCAAAAUACAAGCUCAAAGAAUACAUCUGGGGUGAUUUGAUGUCUGGUAUGAUUGUUGGUAUCAUUUUGGUACCGCAGGCCAUUGCUUACUGCCUGUUAGCAGGAGUUCCACCCUUAUAUGGUCUGUACACAUCAUUUUAUGCCAAUAUUAUCUACUUUCUCAUGGGAACAUCUAGACACGUGUCAGUUGGGAUCUUCAGCCUCAUGAGCCUCAUGGUUGGACAGACGGUGGUUAGGGAAGUUUUCCUGGCUGGAUUUGAUAUGAGUGAGGACUCCACCCCAUCUCCUCACGAAGCCUUUAAUGACACCAACCAAACAUUUAAACCUGAGCUCACCGUGGAGCUGAUGGGUAUGCAGUUAGGGAAGGAUGACUACUCCAUCAGCAUUGCUGCUAGUGUUACAUUCCUGGCUGGUGUCUAUCAGAUUUUGAUGGCUGUGUUUCGGCUCGGAUUUGUCUCGGUCUACCUGUCGGCCCCCAUGCUUGAUGGAUUUGCCACUGGAGCUUCUUUCACCAUCCUGACAGUUCAGGCUAAAUACUUGUUGGGUCUAAAGAUUCCUCGUCAUCAGGGCUAUGGGACAGUAGUCGUUACCUGGUUCAACAUCUUUGCCAACAUUCACAAGACCAACCUGUGUGACCUCAUCACAAGUGCCAUAUGCAUCUCAAUUUUAGUGGCUGGGAAGGAGAUUCAGGAGCGAUACAAGGACCGUCUAAAGAUCCCCUUACCUACAGAGCUCGUGGUUGUAGCAGGAGCUACACUUGCCAGCCACUUUGGGGAGUUUAACACCCGUUACCACUCCAGUGUUUCUGGUCACAUUCCCACAGGAUUUAUUCCACCUCAGCUACCCGCAUUCAGUAUUAUGCCACGAUUGGCGCUGGAUGCCAUUCCUUUGGCAAUUAUUAGUUUUGCAUUCACCGUGUCGCUGUCUGAGAUGUUCGCAAAGAAACACGGAUAUACCGUUCGUCCCAAUCAAGAGAUGGUGGCCAUUGGACUCUGUAACGUCGUCCCGUCUUUUUUUCACUGUUUCACCACAAGUGCUGCUCUGGCAAAAACAAUGGUGAAGGAUUCGACUGGCUGCCAGACUCAGGUAUCAAGUUUGAUCAGUGCCCUUGUGGUCCUUCUGGUGCUCCUCUUCUUUGCCCCAUACUUCCAAGCACUUCAGAAAUGUGUCCUUGCCUGCAUCAUCAUUGUAAGUCUUCGGGGAGCCCUGAGGAAGUUCAGGGAUGUCCCAGCAAAGUGGCGAGCCAGCCGAAUGGACGCCAUUGUUUGGCUGGUUGCCAUGUCCGCCACAGCUCUGAUCAGUGUGGAGCUGGGAUUACUUGUUGGCGUUAUCUUUUCAAUGUGCUGCGUCAUCUAUAAAACCCAGAACCCAAAGGUCUCUCUCCUUGGCCAGGUCAAUGACAAUGAUCUGUAUGAGGAUAUUGAGGAGUACAAGAAUCUCAAAAUGCCAUCUCGGGUUAAAAUCUUCCGUUUCCAGGCUCCUCUAUACUAUGCCAAUAAGAACUCUUUCCUGAAAUCCCUCUAUAAAGCUGUGGGAGUUGAACCUUUCUUGGAACUGACUAAGAGAAAAAAGGCUGAGAAAAAGGACAGAGAUAACUCCAAAAAGCAAGCUAAGACAAAUGGGGAGAAACCCAACUUUGAUGUCUUUGUAGGGCUUGUCCAAAAAGAGUUGGAGUUUCACACAAUAGUCUUAGACUGCUCAGCAAUCCCUUUCAUUGACUCAACAGGCAUGGGCACUUUUAAAGCUCUAGUUAAAGAGUAUAAAGAGAUCGGUGUAAGUGUGCUCUUUGCAUGCUGCAACACCUCAAUCAUUGAUGUUCUCCAGAAGGGAGAGUGCUUUGGGAAGAAUAACAAAGACAUAAGCAGUCUGUUGUUUUAUACAGUUCAUGCCGCUGUUCUUCAUGCAAACAGGGCAGCAGAGGAAAGCAAGGCUGAGGACUCUGUGGUGUAAAAUAACAGGAUAAACCUUUCCCCCCUUUUAUAUUAAGGCUUACAAAUAAUUGUAAGCCAUGACAAGGAUGUAUUAGGUAACUUUGAAAGUACACCCAAGAAACCUUGUCCAUGAAACAUAGAGGGACCAAGAGUAGGAACAGAGUGGAGAAUGUAUAAGAAUUUAUAGAUAUAGUAAUUUUUUUGUUUGUUUUAUACCGUGGAGUAAUAAUAUUAAUUGGUUUUUGGAGCAUUUUGAAGGUCCAAAAGGCUGGUUUGUGAAGCCAGCAAACACAUAUCAAAGUGAAAAAUUAAUUUCACUUCUUUAAAUGUAAAAUUCAUGUCUUGGACG